CUUCUUCUUCUAUAAAUGGAACCCCCUAACACCCUCUUCGCUGCUACUCAAUAAAAUCAUAAACAACGCCCAAUCUCUCUUCUCUAUCUUUACCCUUCAAUGGCCAAUCAGCUCGGCAAUUUAGUGGAAUCCAUUAAAUCCAAGGUCAAAGCAUUGAAGAAAUCCAAGAAGCCAUAUAUCAAGAUGGACAAAAGCUCCAGCGUUAAAGUUGAGAUCCGUAGCCGAAAAGCUCGUUUCUUGAUCGAUAAAACCAUGAAAGUCGCCGAUCGUCCUGGCAAACGUACAAUUUCUUAGCCCAAACUCUCUCUCUCUCUCUCUCACUCACUCACUCACUCAGGUCUUUUCUCUCUCUCUCUCUAAUCUCAUCUUCGCCUUCUCAAAUCAAUUGCGUCCAAUCUUAGUUUUCCUUUCUUUUUUGUACCUUCCGAUUCUGUGUGAUACUCAGAUCAGAUCGGUUUAAAUAUUAUUUUGGUCUACUCUUAGCUUUGAUUCACUCUGUAAUUUCAAACAGUUCAUUUUGGUUAUUGUAAUUACUACUCCUUCCAAAAUUAUAAAAACCAAAAUGAAUAUUCUGAAAUAAUAUAGGAACAAAAAAAGAAAAGUGGUGUUUAAACCAUCUAGAUAUGGAACCGUUUCGGAAACUUGUAAUUAGUUAUUAUGAAUCACACAGUAUGAACUAUUACCAAUUUGUCUUUGUGUUCUAUCUUGGAAUCCGCUUACUUUCAUUGCCUGAUGGAUUGAUUUGAAAUGAAGUGAUGAGAUGUGUUUUGGGGAAGGAAAUUUGAAUGAAAUGAAGUGUGAGGAGUUUGUGAUUGGUGAAA